AUGACUCUAACCCUAAACAUGGCGGAUACUCUAACCAACACCUCCCAAGAAACCGACUACACCUACAACCAUCCCGACGAAGACAACCUCUCCCUCUCCCUCCUCCGCAUCAACAGCUUCGAUCGCCGCCGCGCGAACUCCUCUCCUCCUCAGUUCCAAUCUCACGGAUCAUUCUCCUCUUCCUCCACCGCCGCCGCAGCAACAAGCCCCGUGAAACGCCCCUCCCCGGAGCAGAAAGAAUCCGAAGAAGAAGAGCCGCCGAGACGCAAGAAGCUGUUUCGCUCCCCACCGCCGCCUGAAUCGAAGGAAGACGAAGAAGAAGAGAUGAUGUCUAACCGCCUCGGAUACAAGAAGGUCCCGCUUCCUAACGAUUUCGAUCCGAAUCGGAUCCGUUCGUCUCGCGUAUAUAAUCGAUCUCUCUCCGAUCGAUUUGCUUCGUCUUGCGGCGAUCGAGAGACAGCACCGUCGGGUAACGUCGUCGCUUCUCUGCCGCCGAGGCCGCGGAAACCGGUGUUUCGGAGGUCGGUUUCAGAUCUUACGCCGGCGGCGCCGUCGAUGGCGUUUCUUGGAUCUUCUUCUUCUCGUGAAGCUAAUCUUGCGAAUCAAGAAAACUUUGAUGCUAAUAAGAUGCUGUAUGUGAUCAAGGAUGGAGUUCGUGAAUUGGAUCAGUGGUGUAACAAGCUCUUACACUACAGUGAAGCUGUGAAGCAAGACGAUACUCCUAAGGAAGAAGUUGAGUCAGCAGAGGAGGAGGAGGAGAAAGAGAGAAAGUGUAAAGAAGGAGUGAAGGUGGACAGAGUAGGUGAGGCGUUUGUGGUUGAGAUCAACUGUCCAUGUGGAAGAAACUACCGAACUCUCUUCUCUGGCCGUGACUGCUACUACAAGCUCUUGUAG